CCGCAUAGAAUCUAAAAAAAAAAUACGCCACGCGAUAAAAAAUAUUAAUACAGUCGGACGUUUCAGUUGGACAAAAGCCGACGCACAGUCAACGCGCGACUAUACACGAUUGUAGUCCAUACCUCGACGGUCACUGAAAAUAAUAAACGUGUUAGUGCAUAUAAAUUUACGAGUCGCGGGGUGGGCAUCGCAGAAAAAAAAAUCUACGGUUGAAUCAAAAAAAUGAGUAAGUCUGUUGCUGGCAUUUAUUAAAACACAUUAAAUCCGCCUACUUACAAUAACGCAAUCGCGUACAUUUCAUUCAUACAUAAAUAAGUUCAACAAGUAUUCGACUUUGACAAUAACAUUGUAUUGUACUGCGUACAUAACUAAGUCAAUAUUGUCCGUGUUAUCGUUAAACAAGUCGGCAUUUAUUUUUAAAGUAAAUCUCAUUCAAAUAUAAAUUUUUAACCAUCGCAUACUAUAUUGUUUUCGAACAUUGAAAUUGCAUCGAGCUUUCCGACGUGCAUAUGUGUUUGAGAGACACGCCGUGUGUCGUUAACAUCCAAAAUCCAUUAACGGUUCGGUGGAACUAAUUUUGUUUUUCACAGAUUUCCGCUAAAUACGAGUGCACCAUACUCACCAGAAUCGUAUUUUAAGCCGAGCGAAUAACGCUGUAAGAAACGUAGGUAAUAAAUCCGACUGAUCGCAAUAACAAUAUUCGUAACUGCAGAAGAGUAUGAUAGUACGGUUCGUUUGUGCAGUAUAUUAAAUAUAAUUAUGUUAUAUUAAAACACGAUCAGUCCAAAAAAUGUAUAAACAUUAUUUUAUCAAGCCGUGAAAAAACGUAACUGCUUAUGAUAAUGUAAUGCACGACGUUCGUUCAGUAUAAUAAGUAAUUUUACUGACGCGUUGUGCUAAAGGUCCCAGAUUAGAUUGUUCGAAUUAUUUAUUUGGAUUUUUCAUUAAUUUGUGUACAUCAAUUAAACUAAUUAAAUUUUUUAGAAAAAAAAAAAAAAAUUAAUAAAAAUCUUUAAAAUAAUUAUUUAUCGACCUAUAAUCAUUUUAUUAUUUAUUUAGUAUACACUAAAUACAUUAGUGGAAAAAAAAAAACCCGAAAUCUUAAUUGAUUGGUAUUAAUCAUCGUUUAUCGUCGUCCAACGUUAUAAUAACGAGAUUUACUUUGAACAUCGGUUAAUGUAAUUACCUUUCAGCGGGCGCGUUGUCGUAAAUUGUACAACAGUUACGUAUUUAUUAAUUUAAUUUUUUUUUUUUUUUUACUUAUAUUCUAUUUUUAUCUUAUUGGCGGUCGUGGGUAUUCGUCGAAAAUGUUACGUGAUCUACGUUUCAGACUAUUUUUGAAGUGUUUUGGUUCGCUUUAUUGCAGACAAAUUAAACGUGUUGUCGCCGAAUACAACAUGCGCUGUUCCGUGUACCUCCCCAUAGAGGUGCCCACCCGUCUAUAACUCCCCCUUCAAAACGGGGAACGCGCUUCAAAUGUGGAAGGAAAAAAAAUGCGGCAGCGUUUGUGAAGUGCACCGAGCGUAUGAGGUUUUGUAUGUAAGGCACUUAAGAAAAAAACAAAAGAAGUAUACGAUAUGUGAACAGUGUACUAAUAACGACGAUAGCAAUUCCGAACGAUUCACUGUUUGUUUUAUUUAUUUGUUAUAUAAUAAUUUAAAUAAAAACCACUUUGUGAACGUAUUGUUUUUUAUCUUAUUACUGCCAGUAUUAAUACGGUAUUUGUAGUUAUUAUUAUUAGUAUUAUUAAUAUGUGUACGAUCGCAACGUAUUAGGACUGUUGUACAAUUCACAACACGCAACUAUUCUUGUUUCAGAAAAUAGCGCACCCGUUCGAAGGUUAAUGGGAUAAUGCGUCAUAUUAUCAUUACAUUUGAACUUGACGUGUUCGUACCAAUAGAUACGCGAUCCCGCACCGCGUUGUCCGUGACGACCAAAUUAUCAACGAAUACAAUAAUUAAUAUUACUGUGGCGUCUUGCUAUUUUACAAACAAGCUUAUUUGUGGUGAAGUGCGGUAGGCCACUAGUUGCGCGUAGGAAGAAUUUAAAGCGUGCCGUUUCCUCGACAAAUAUGUACAGUGUGUGCUGUGUAUACACGGCGAUUAUUUGAACAUUGAAAACUCGUUACGCAAAGUAUACGGUCUUUUAUCAUAAAAAAAAAAAAAAGUCUUGAUAAUUUAAAAAGCAAGCGGACCUAAAAUGGUACACCGUCAUUAUUUAUUUUCGUCCUUAUUUCCGGGGGGUAAACAUUAGGGUUUUCAUUAUUUGUCCCUGGGUAAAUCCAGAAUAUCCAAGCGUCCGAACAUAAUCUAUAUUUAUGAUAUUAUAUUUGGAAUAUAUAUUUAUGUUAUUAUAAAAUUGUAUAUUUAUUUUAUUCUGUAUAAAAUAAUUAAAUAAUGUUACAAAAAUAAAUACAUUUAUUAAUUUAUAAAUUAAUGUUAUUUUUUCUGGAGAUGUUAAAUAAGACAGAACGCUAAAUAGGUAGAGGUGUUGAACUUUUUUUUUAAACGAUUCGAAAAUUUAAUACUCUAACCCAAAAUACCUCGCUUCACAUAAAAUUUCAUACUAUAUUCGUAAAAAAAUUACAGUGGAAACUUUAUUAACCGUGUCUCCAUUGGUGUACUCAUGGAGGGGGGUCAUGGGGUUUAAACCCCCUCCAUUAGCUGUUUUUUUUUUGCUAAAAUUUUGCUAAAAAAUUUGUUAACGGGUGUGAAAAUUCAUUGUUGCAUCGUCUAGUUUAUAUUUACAGUUACAAUAUAAAUAUAUUUGUUACACCAAACAAUUAUUGAUAAAUUAUUGAAAAUAAAAAGUGCAUUAAAUUCUAUGUUUUUAUUUUUUUAGAUUCUGAGUUUAGAAGAAUGUAUUGGUUUUACAAAGAUGUAUAUUUUUUUUCUAUAUAAAGACAUUUUCUACCAGAAACCUUAAUUCGAUUUCCAAGCAGAGCACAUUUUCUGAAAGGAAAUUAAUGUUCUCUGGGUGGUACUUUAGAGAGGUCAUUUUUUGAAAUUCCCAUUAAUAUUCGAGAUAAUGAGGAAAACCCAGUUCUUUAGGUUAAUAAAGAUCGAAAGAUUAAAUCUCAGAUUAAACAUAAGGUUGUCAUUGACAACCGUUUUUACUUAUUUUUUGUUAUUAAGUUUUUAUUAUUUUUAUAUUUUUUAAACAAUCGUUGUUAAGCGGAAACGUGCAUUGUUGUAAUUAUUUUACCAUACUUCGCACAUGGGCGCAGCCACUGUUGUAAAUGAGAAGUUGAAAAGAUAGACAAAUGUAAGCAUGUAUGUUGUAAGUAAUGAUAAACCAUUUCAACGAAAAAACGAUUCUGAGCUUAGUUCAGUUGGUAGUGUUGCUUUACACAAUAUAUAUAUAUAUGUCAUAUUAUGGUAAAAUAAUUACAAUGCGCGUUUCCAUGACAACAAUGAUUGUUUGAAAACGAUUAAAAUAAUAAAAACUUAAUAAUAACAAAAAAUAAAUAAAAACGGUUGCCAACGACAAUAUCCUUAUUUUUAAUCUUUCAACUCUUUUUUACCUAAAGAACCGGGUUUUUCUUAUUACCUCAAAUAUUUUUCUAGAAAUUAUCCCCCCCCCCAAUGGAAAUUACUGAAAACGCCCAUGACAAUAAAAUUGACAUUUUUUUUUUGUUUUUGGAUCCAACAGACGACGAUGACGAUAUAACGAAAAGUAAACUGAAAGGCGACGAACCCAAUAUUGAUCCCGAAGCUGGCUAUUCGAAAUUGUAAGUGAAUUAAUGAUAAAUAAUAAUAUUCAUAAUAAUUCGUAAUAAUUCAUUCAUAUUUAACUAAACGUUAACAAGUUUUAUUCGUGUGUACUCUGCACUAAUAAUCGUUAAGCGUAAUUAUUUUGAUAAUUUUUCCGAAAAUGUCCAAAAUUCAGAGUAGAGUUUGUGUUUGAAUUUAGUGUACUUAGCGGAGUUGAGUUAUAGUCUAUACGUUACUAAAUAUUUUUAUUAACCUACAGUAUUUUGAUUUUUUUUUUUAUAUAUAUGUAUAUCAAUAAUAAUUAUAUCAAUAGUUAUUGAAAAUUAUUAAAUACACAAAAGUCACAGUACUGCAAAGGCCUUUUAUUUUAAUUUGUAUAAAUUAUUAUUGUAUAGAUAUUAAAAAUGACUAUACAAUUGUAAUAUCCAUGAAAUCAUGACUAUUUCCCUGUUGUUAAUUUUAAUUAUGUAUUGCACAUCUUCAGAAGUGUAACAAAUCGUUAAUAAUAAAAUCACUCUCGUAAAUAACACAAAAUAAUUUAAAUUAAACGCUCGUAUCAUUAAAUAUAAUAUAAUGAUAUAUCAAUGUCCUUCUACGGUCACUAACCAAACUGAAAAUUACGUUGUGCUGGAACAUCACUCAUUGUGAACGAUCGUUAAAUUCCUGAUGAAAAAAAAAAAAAGAGUUGAAGUAAUUAAAACGCGUAUUAUUAAUAAUUUAUUUAUUAUAAAUAUUGUAAAUUAUCAUUAUUAAUAUUCAGUAUACAAUUAUUAUCUGUCCUAGAAUCUGUAUUUACUACAAAUACUACUUAGGCAUUUUCGUACCUGGACAUUUAUAAACAACACAAUGUUUUUAAUAUUCGACUACGUGUUUUUGAACAAUAUUAUCAUUUGUGAACAUUCAUAGCUACCUGGUUAUUUUAGGAUGUUGGGUUAAUACGUUUAGACUUGUGAUUCCCAACGUGGGCUCUACCGCCUCCUUGUGAGCAUUUUUAUUUUGAAGAGGCUUUUUUCUGAGUGGGCGCUAAGAGGGACGCUCAUAUAUCAUUUACAUUUUUAUUGUUUAUAACUUAUUGCAAUCAAAUGUAUAACUGCAUAGAAUAAAAACGAAUUUAAAAUACCAAAUGUAAUUUACAGAAUUAUGUAGGUAUAAUAUUUAUAGACACUUAAUCUAAAUAAUUAUCCUAUCGGACUAUAGAUUCUAGGUACUAGGUAGGCCGAACAGCGGCCAUAUUUUUCAUAGUUAAUAAAGUCAAUUAACCAUAACUCGAGUAUUUAAAAAAAACAUAGCAAGAGUAGAUGCGUUCAAUCGGGUCUUGAAAUGGUUUUAUAAGAUUGUGUCAAUAACUAGCGAGAGUUCAUUCAUAAAAAAAGUUCAAUGUUAUAUUCUUAAAAAUAUUAAUUUAAGUGAUUAGUUAAUAAGUACUAAAAAAGUUAAAAAGUAGUAAAAUAUCAUCAGCACUUUGAAAUAUGCAAAAAUAUGAACUUAACAAUUUUAUAUUUUUGACUUUAUAAUUUGACUUCUUGGUUUAGUAACUAUCUCAAGCAAAUGUAUAACUUACUAAAGUCUUUAGCUAAAAUAUUUUGCAAACACUACAAGCUACAUGCUCUGACUUAUGGUUUCAAAACAAAAAGAAGAAAUGAAAAACAAUAAAAUGUAAUUUUCCAGUACGCAUUGUUCUAAAAUAUUGUAAAAAAUGCAUACAGGUUCAAAAACAAAUUCGGAAGCCGAAGAUCGAACUACAAACUAUCUACAUUAGUAAUACUCCUAAUCACAGUGGUCGUUAUAUCUAUAAUUGGAAUACUAUGGUACGCCAGUGAGUAUUUGAAAAUUAGUGAAUGUACUCGUAUUUGUUACCGGCAAAGUACUUAUACAAUUUUGGCGUAUUUUACAAUACCUAGACAUUAAAAAAUUCCUAGUAAAAACUCCCAUCUACAACAGUAGCACACCGGUCUUCAGUAUUAGCUUUUUUUUUAAAUUACAUCAUUAUUUUUAUAAUUUUUUUUUCUUUCAUCAUUUAUUAUCGAAUGUACUGCAUUCCGGCAUCCGUAGCAUUUUAAUGUGCAUAUUCACUCACAGCUUUACACUUGCACUUUUGUGUUAGCAUUUUCGUGCAUACGUACAUCACUCGCAACCCUGACCACUCAAAAUUAAAUAAUUUGGAUAGUGUUCAUAUUUUUUCAAAAGCUUAUAAUUAUUCCACUUCUUUUUUCUGCCUUGUUCUUUAAUUGAAAUAUGUGUAAAAUGAAUUAAAUAUAUUUCAACUUUGUUUAAUAUGUAGUACUUGAAUUUUUUUUUUCAACAGAACAUUUAAAUUUGCACGAAACUUUUCCACAUGAAAUAAACUCGAAGUACGAGUGUGAACUGCACAAUAUAAACGAUAACACCUGAAUAAAUAGUCAAUUUUAUGUUAGAUAGUUUCUAUCGAUUAGGGGCAUUAUGAUAAUGAUUGAACGGAAAUUAUUAUAACAAUAAACACUAAUAUCAUCUCUGUUGAUACGCGUCGCAUUCGGACGAGCAAUUAAAUUGAUAGCUUAUUUUUGUUACCUACUAUAUCAAAGAACAACUAUAAUAAAACAUAAAUUGAAUACUACCUACAAAGUCUGUAAUGUCCAAUAUAUGUUGGGCAUUUGAUAUGACGUCCGGGCGUUGUAAAAAACGCCAAAAUGGUUUGCUCAUAACAUAUAUAAAAGUGCAUGAUUCUUUUUACUCUUUUUGAUACUUUUUAAUUGUAUAUUUUCGUAUCUAGGUAUAAUAGACUCAAAAGCAGUAAAUCAAAACCCGAAAACAUGUACAACAGAAAGCUGUUUAAAAUCUGGUCAGUGAAAUUAUUAAAAAAAUAUUUGUAUAAAACGUUAAAAGAUAUUUAAUGUGCAUCUGUAGUACGGUAUUUUUAAAAAAAAAAUAUUUACGUUAUUUAGCCACGUUGUAUGCCGAGUCAAUGAAUAGAUCUGUAGAUCCGUGCGAAGAUUUUUACCAAUUCGCUUGCGGGCGUUAUGGGAACAGACAUCGAAUACCGAAAACGUCUCAUUCAAACAAUAGAUUUUAUGAAGUAAAAACUGGAAUGCUUAUGUCCAUCAGUGGUAAGGGAUCAUGCUCGUUUAUACUUCACUACUUAUCAACGCGUUAAUAGUUUGAUUAAGUAUUUUAUUUUAUUUUUAGAUUUCAUGGAAAAAGAAGACUUUGACGAUGACCCGUAUGCCUUGUCGCAAGCCAGACUUUUGUACCGGUCGUGUACAGCCACAGGUAGGUCCAAAUAUUAUUCCGUAAUAUUAUUUUUAACAAUCUAUUUGAUAAAAUAGAUAUAUGAUUUAGAUGAAAUGGAUGCUGCCGGAAUUCAAAAAAUGUUUCAGUUUUUAAAUCAAAUCGGUCUACCGUACCUAGGUUUCACGCAAAACAAUAGUUCUUCUGGACAAACUGAUUCGAGUACAAACAUAUCAUUAAUUUUAGCCAAUGUCAAAAAGCAACUUAACAUAGACUAUUUGUUUUCAACCAGAGUUGCACCGUAUAGUAAAAAUCGGACAUUAAAUAAAAUUACGCUGUCUAAACCAAUGGAUAACAAUAUGUUCCCAGUGUAAGAAUUAAAAAUAUUAUCGUAUUGAGCAUUUUUAUAUAAUAUGUGUUAUGUUUAUACUGUUUAAGUCAUAAAAUAUUAAGGAAAAUCAACGGAAUGAAUUCAAAAAAAAAACGAGAACUGUUGACACCAGACUACGAUAAUACCGAGAACGAAAAUAAAGAAAACAAACUAAAUCCAAAUUUAAAAUCGUAUGAAAAGUAUUUUAAAGGAAUUUGGCAGGAGAUUGUUGAACAUCACUCGCAUAUAUCCAAUUCCUACCAUGCUCCCCCUGAAUUAAAAUUAAUAAAAGACGUGCUGAUGCUUAUAAAUAGACUGAAAGAAGUAAAUGUUAAACCAGUCUUAAUAUUAUAAUUAUUUAUAUAAAUGAAAGUUACCUGAUAACAUUAUAUUUUAGAUAAAUGACAAAGUAUAUGAAUCUGAUCUAGAGCUACCGACAUUUAUGACUGUCAACGAAUUACAGGAAUAUACUGAUGAAAUUACACGGAACUACUCUGGGAAAAAUGGAGUAACUGUAAGUUGCCAUUUAUAUCGUUUUAUUAAUUUUAAACAUUUUUACAAACUGAUACUGCCUGUGGGUAAGUAACUGCUGUAGAUAGUGAGUUUUUGUCAAAUUUAAAAUAAAAAUUCCAGUAACUAUAAAAUAAUCAACAAUUUCCCUUGAUUUUUACGAGUUUGGUAAACAUUUUUAAUUCAAAUGUUUAUAAAAAAAAAAAAAAAACAAUGGAACUUUAAAACGUAUAGGUACUUUCAACUUUUUUAAUAAAAUUCUUCGCGAAAAUAGAAACUAUUGAAGCCUACUGCAUUUUCGUCCCGCUAAUUUAUACACUUUAAAUGACUCCCUCUAAAGCUAAUAAGCUCAAAACCAAAAUCAAUUUUGACAAAAACCGACGUUUUUAUUUUGAUUUAUUUUUCGUCACUAAAUUUCCUUAAAUUUAAAACAAAUUUAUACUUAUUUUUAGACAAAAGAAAAUAAUUUAAAAAAGAAAAAUCACAGCAUAGUAUAUUAGUAAAACCAACGCAUUUCUCGCUUUGCAUAGAAUCUAAAAAAAAAUAUAGUUCAUAUAUCACUGAAACAAUAUAACUAGUACUUGGUGGAGUAUUAUAAUGUAUAACACAAAUUUACAUGUUCUGACGUACAUUGUUAAUUUUAAUUGCAAACAAUUUAAAAUAAACAGUAAUACAAGUUUUACGUGCAAAUCAGAUUGAUUGGAAACAAUAUUUCACGUCCUUAUUCGCGGACGUGGAAGAAAACAUUGAGUUAGACUUUGAAAACGAAACAAUUCAAAUAAUGAGCAUCGAAUAUUUUGACGAUUUAUUCAAACUGUUAGUCACCAUCCCAGAAAGCCAAAUGAGUAAAUAUAACUAAAAACGAUAAUAUAUUAUAUUAUUAUCAAAUAGUCAGUGAUAUCAUUACCGAUAUCAUUUUGUACGUUCUAGUAACGGCCGUGUGGUGGGACGUCGUCACUACUCUAAUACCGUACACCACCAAUCAGAUGCGAUUCUUACAAGACAGAUACUUGUACGAUAUACAGGGAUUGGAAAACAAUCCGUCUAGAUCGAUAUAUUGUGCCGAAGCCGUGAACAAAAUGAUGGGGAUGGCCGUUUCUCGUCUACUAAUGGACGUGGAAUUGAUAAACAGUUAUCAAAAUAUGGUAGGUGCUUCAUUGGGAAAAAUAUAUGAAACGUAAUACAUUAUUAUAAUAGUUAUUGUAUGGUAUGUACAAUACAUAAUACCGGGAUAUUUUGUACAGGUCAUAGAAAUGAUGAAGAACAUUCAUUUCGCGUUUGAAAAAAUAGUCGAAGAACUAAAUUGGAUGGACGACGAGACUAAGAAAAUUACUCUGCACAAAGCAAAAAAUAUGCAAAUGCACGUCGGAUUUCCCGAGUUUAUUAAAGAUACCGUUGACAUUGACAACUACUACGCAGAUGUAUAUCGUAAAAAAUUAUUAUUAAAAAAAUGAUCGUUUCAAUAUUAAUAUUUUUAUAUUUGUAUUUAUAUAGUUUGAAGUGAUUGAAAACGAUUAUUUUGGAAACGUCAUACGCUACGUGCAAAAUGAAUUUAAUAACUCGUUAUUAGCCUUUAGAAUACCAAACGAUUAUUCGGUAUUCUCGUAAGUUAAUACUUAUUUAUUAUAAUUAAUAUAUUACCACAUCGCAGUUACAAAAUAAUUUAAGAUUUUUUUUUUUUUUGUUAGGUGGUCAGCAAAUCCUUUAGAAGUAAAUGCUUUUAACUUUAUCCAAGCAAAUGCAAUAAGUAUAACUAUUUUGAACAAUAAUUAAACGAAUAAUGUCCGUAUAAUAUGUUACAAUAUUUGUAUUUAUAUUUUUAUAGUUAUACCAGCUGGAAUAUUACAAUUCCCGUUCUUUGGCUACGAUUUAAAGUAAGAAUAUCGAUUUAAUAUUCAUUAGUUAUUGAACACCGCCAGGAGAGUUGACAAUUUUUUUUUUUUUCUAUGUAGCGUCCUCAACUAUGGUUCUCUCGGUUCGAUACUCGGACACGAGUUAACUCACGGUUUCGACAACAGUGGUCAUAAAUACGACCUAAAUGGAAACGAAAAUAUGUGGUGGACAAAACAAACCAUAGAGGAAUACAAUAAACGCACAAACUGUUUUAUCGAACACUACGAAUCUUAUUUAGUGUCCAGAAUCGAGGAAAAGGUAUUGCCGAUCAAUAUCUGAAAAUCAACCAUUACCGAAUCGACGGAAAGUUUAUUCACUUUUUGUAGCGUAAUGUUUUGAUAGAACGUUAUAUUUAUAAUAGCGUACGGUUUUAGGUAAACGGUAAAUUGACGUUGGACGAAAAUAUUGCUGAUAACGGUGGAAUUAGAGAAGCGUUAUGGGCGUACAGGAAAUAUGUAGCCAAAUACGGCGAAGAACCAAAACUACCAGGAUUAGAAGAAUUCACCAGUGAACAAUUAUACUUUUUGGCCUUUGCAAAUGUAAGUCAUUUUAUGAAUCUCUAGCGUUUGGUAUUGUCAUCAUAUACAUCCGAGCCUCCAGCCAUCUACAUCUGACAUCAGCAUUUUCCAAUCGAUCCUGGGCACGUCUUUCUAUCUUAUUCUCGGUCUUCCGAAUGUUAUUUUCGAAAUUGUAUAAAAAAGUGACUUUUGAUUUCUCAGUGCGUAUUACGUACCCUAACUAUUGUAAUCUCUUAUUUUCUGAUGGUUUCUGAAAAAUGAUUGAUUUCUCUUAUUCUCCACACAUAGACGUCAUUUAGGUACCAGGUACUCUUAUCGUCAAAGUGGCUUUUAUAGUAAACUACAUUGUAAUCAACAUGUAAAUCGUACGGAAAAUUAUGUUUUUUUUUUUUUUUUAUAUUUUGCACAUAAACGAUUACAGGAGCAUAAAAAUUGUUAAGCACCUAAAUUAUAGAUUAAACAAUAAUUAUUAUAUGUUAUAAAAAUUUAAAAUUACAUGUUAUUUUCAAAAAAAACAAUAUAUUAUUUUUGCCCCAAAAAUCAAAACAAAAAUGUGGUUACCUACCGUGUUUAUUAGUAAUACAUCACAUAUUAUUUUGAUCAUCGGUACCAAUAUUAGAUUAUCGUUUUUAUUAAAAAUAAAAUGUAAUUUUAAAUUUUUAUAACAUAUAAUAAUUAUUGUUUAAUCUAUAAUUUAGGUGCUUAACAAUUUUUAUGCUCCUGUAAUCGUUUAUGCGCAAAAUAUGAACAAUCAUAAUUUCCCGUAUGAUGUGCAUGUUAAAACCGAGUAGACGUCUACUAGCCGUAACUAAUAGUUCAAUAUAAACACUACUUCGACGGCGGUAUUGGCACGUACCCGUGUAUAUAACCGUCGGCAAUAACAUUAUAAUUGUUAUUAGUUCUCAAAUGUUUUUUUUUUUUUUUUUCCUGAAGAUUUGGUGUGAAUCUUCGACAGUAGCUUCGCUGUCACAAAGCCUGUUGAACGAACACAGUCCAAAUUAUAUACGAGUAAUCGCAGGGCUGACAAACUCCGAAGAAUUUAGCCAAGCGUGGAAAUGCGCUAAAGGUACACGGAUGAAUCCUAUGAAAAAAAAAUGUAAAAUAUGGUAAUCGGUUUAUCCGAUAAACGAAUUAAUUGUAUAUAUUUAUGAAUUUAUGUUACCUAUUUAUACUUUAAACGUCAACGCCUUAACUAUUUUAAUUUGUGCACAUUGUAUUAUCUAAAUAUACUUUAUUACUACUACUGCUACUACUGUUAAUCCGCAUUAUACAUUUGUAAUCUGUUGUUCCGCGAUUAAUAUAUAAUUAUUUUAUAGAAUAUGAGUAACUAAUUGGAAUUUUUAAUUAUAAUGAUAUUUAAUAGGUUACAAUGUAUACGGGACAAUGUGUUCCGGUGUUCGUAUCAUGACGAUAUAGCACUACGAUAAUAUAUCAUAUUAUGAUAAACCUACUUGUACGCAAGAUUCGACGACAAAAUUUUAUCAUAAAACACUAUUAUAAAAAAAAGACAGGCACAUUUCACGCGAUAGGUGGGACACUGUUCUAGGUAAAAGUUGUGAAGAUAAAACAUAGAGGGUAAAUUAAUAUAUAUCUGUACGCAACGAUUAAUCAUUUCUAAUGAAAAAUGAUUCUGGGCGGAGUUC